GUCAAUGGCUAACGCAGGUAACAGCGAGAAAUGGUACUUCACGAAGGAACAAUUGGAAAAUACCCCGUCGAGAAAAUGUGGAUUCGAGGCAUACAAAGAGCUCCAGUACAGGCAACAGGCUGCAAACUUUAUACAGGACAUGGGUCAAAGAUUAAAAGUAUCGCAAUUAUGCAUCAACACGGCGAUCGUCUAUAUGCACCGUUUCUACGUGUUCCAUUCGUUUACCAACUUUCCGUGGCACCAGAUGGCGGCCGCCGCCCUUUUCUUGGCCGCCAAAGUCGAAGAACAGCCGAGGAAGUUGGAGUACGUGAUAAGAGUCGCGAACAUUUGCAGAAACUCCAGGGACAAUAACAUCGACUUGAACUCUGAGAGGUACAUAGCCCAAUCGCAAGACUUGGUGUUUAACGAAAAUGUUUUGCUGCAAACGUUGGGGUUCGACGUCGCCAUCGACCAUCCGCACACCCACGUGGUACGGUGUUGCCAUUUAGUCAGGGCGAGUAAAGAUCUGGCUCAGACUUCGUAUUUUAUGGCCAGCAAUAGCUUGCACCUAACGACUAUGUGCAUCCAGUACAAGCCGACGGUGGUAGCGUGUUUUUGCAUUUUGCUCGCGUGCAAGUGGUCCAACUGGGAGAUCCCAUUGUCGAAUGAAAAAAAAGAAUGGUACUCGUACGUGGAUCCGAGCGUCACCGCCGAACUUUUAGAACAACUCACCCAGGAGUUCCUAGUGAUAUUCGAGAAUUGCCCCUCAAGACUGAAAGAGAAGAUCAUGGCGCUGAUGGCCAUAUCGGAUACUAACGCUCAUACGCCCUCGAGCCAGUCCAAUUCGCCAUUCGAUUCGGAUCCGAAAAAGGUCGAAGGGUCCGCCCACAAAGCCCUGGAAUAUAAAGGUCAAGACGAUCUGCAUAAACACAGGUCGUCUAAACCGCACGACGCUUCCGGUAGCAGGCAGUCGCGCGAGCAAAAGGAACGCGAGAGCAAAGAGAGACGGGAACGGGAAAGGUUCGCCCUGAUGAGCGGCAAAUCGAUCCUCCAUCACGCCCAACCGUUGCCCGAUCCCAAACUCAAAUCUCACUCUCGCGUCCCGCCUUCGUAUCCACAUCCCCAAGUUAACAGGGAACCGAGGGACAUCCUGCGGGAGGCCUCCAAGGAUUCCCCGUUCGGGUUGGCCAGUGUGCGCGAAGUGAAACGCGACGUCGCGCCGAAACCUAACCUCCAAACCGAACAGAACAGUUUAAGUAAUUUCGGUGGCGGGGGGGAAAGGCAAAGGCCGAAGCUCGACCCCGCGAAAAUCAUACCCAAGCAACAGCAGCAGCAGCAACCCCACGUCAAACCGGAGCCCUCGGGCUUCGACCAGAACCACGUGUACAUAAAGUCUUCGAGUUCUACCUCACAGAAAGUCAAGUCGCCUUUCGCCGAUUCCAAGUCCGUCCUUAAAGCCGCCGCUCAAGCCUCCAAAACGCACUAUAACGGAGACGGGGGCGGCGCGAACCCCAAACAGCCCCUCCUAGAAGACGUUAAAGUUAUUAAGGAGGAGGUUCCCAUUCCGAGCGUGAUAAAGAGGCCGAGUCUCUUUUCUCCCGAGGCGACUCCUCCUCAGAGCAACGUACCGGCGUUGUCGCCCAUAAAGUCGCCAUCUAGCGAGCGAGUAAGGAACUACUCGAGCAGCUCGGAGGCGGAGCUAAGGCCGACGAUGAAGAAGAUCGACCAGGUCGAAGGGUUCGAGAAUCUGAUGCGGGACAGCACGAUAGGGAUGAACGACAUCCACAACGAAGGGUCCGAGAUGGCUUCCAAGGAGGUUACGGAGGGAAACAAAGGAGGAGAACCGUUAUCUUCUCCGGUGGAGUUUGCUGUGGUUCAACCCCACGUCGCUCCUCCCGCUAUACGUGUGGAACACUGCUCGACUGUUCCGCAACAAACAGCCAUCGUUAACGGUUUAGAGACGAACCCGACUCUAAUAAGCAACCUGCUCAAGCAGGCACCUACCGUUAACAAUAGUCUGUUGUCGGCGGAACAGCCUGCGGCCGAACACAAGGAAAAACAUUCGCACCACAAGAGCAAAAAGAAGAAGGAGAAGCACAAGCACAAGGACCGUAGCAAAGAGGACAAAGAGAAAAAGAAGAAGCAUAAGGACAAGGAUCGUGAGAAGCACAAGCAGAGGGAGAAAAAGGACGGCGCCGUCGAGCCUCCGCAGUUGAGCGAACCGAUCAAGAUAAAGAUUCAGAAGGAUAAGAUACAGCCCUUAUCGGACGGUAUCAAGAUCAAAAUUCCCAAAGACAAAAUUAGGACCGAAGGGAUCGUGGAUCCGUUACCCCAGCCAAGUUCCGGAGGUCUCAAAAUUAAGAUUCCCAAAGAGGUGAUCACCAAUUGUAGCACGAGCGGCAGCAGUACCGGUUCCGUAGACGUGAGCGCGAGCAGGAAACGUGAGAGGGACCGCUCUCUGUCCAAUAGUAGCGGCCCGCCCCUUAAAAUCUCGAAAUCCGCUCACAAAGAGUCGCAGAAGCAGAACGGCAAACACUCGUACCACAAGGUAAGCGAUAUCGUCGAACAUCGGCCCGUCCCCGCCCCCGCCGCCGAUCAUUCGGCGAUUCGCCCGCCCCCGAGAUAUCCCCACCGGAUGCCGCCCCAUCAGUAUCACCAGCGCUUCCCCUACAGACCUCCUCAAACAUACCAAAUGCGAAACGCGCCGCCUCCUUCUCCAUUCGCACCUCCCAAAAUGCCGUAUUACCCUCCUCAACAGGUACCGCCUCCGGUCGUUCCCAAUAUGAGCGUCCCCCCGCCCACUUACGGGAUGUAUCCGGCGUAUUACGCGGGAUACGUGUAUGGCGGCGACGUGUACCACCUUGGGGUGAACGAAAUCCACCCACCUCCCCUCCCGACGGACGCGCCUCCCGCCGACGUCCCGCCACCCCCUCCUCCAGAAUGAUUCGAGAGGUAGACGUUGUCGACUUGCCGGAAUUUUUUCUCUCUCUACACAAUUCACACCACACAUGGUUUGCGUAAUGACAAUUCUACUAAGCUGUUUAUUAUUUAUUGUGGUAUUGAUACACUUUUUUCAAAGUUUCUUUAGAUUGUUAUGAAUUUUAUUGGAUAUAUAUAAAAACAUUGUUUGAUUACCCAACAAUAUGUAAAUAAUUUCAGUAAAAACAUGUCAAUAAAUAAAAUGAUAAAGUAGUUUAAAUCAAAUUCACUGUAACGAAAAAGUUGAAUUUUUAAGUGCAUAUAUUAAUUUGCAGGCACCUUUGUCGAAGGUUUUUUACUUGAUAUGUAAAACAUUGUUUGACUAUUAAAUAAUGUGUAAAUAAUUUCAGCAAAAAUAAAGUAAAUAAAUAAAAUGAUAGGAUAGUUUAAAUCAAAUUCACUGAAACGUGAAAAUUGAAUUUCUAACUGCAUAUAUCAAUUUGUAGGUACUUUUGUGUAGGGGUCUUUAAAUUAUUAUACAUUUUACUUGAUAUGUUGAUCAUUGUUUGAUUACUAAAUAAUGUAUAAAUAAUUUCAAGAAACUUGUCAAUAAAUAAAAUGAUAAAACAGUUUCAAGCGAAUUCAUUGUAACGGAAUAGUUCUAUUUCUAAGUGGAUAUAUCAAUUUGUAAGCACUUUUUUCAACUAUUCUUUAAAUUAUUAUGACUCUAUAUGAAAAAUAUUUUUUAUUACUAAAUAAUGUGUAAAUUUCAGCAAAAAUAUAUCAAAAAAUUAAAAGAUAAAACAGUUUAAAUCAAAUUCACUGUAACGUGAAAGUUGAAUUUCGAGCUGCAUAUAUCAAUUUGUAGUCACUUUUGUCUUGUCUUGUCUUUAAAUUAUUAUGCAUUUUACUUGAAUAAUAUAUAAAUAAUUUCAACAAACAUAUAUCAAUAAAUAAAAUGAUAAAAUAGUUUAAAGCGAAUUCACUGUAAUGGAAAAGUUUUAUUUCUAAGUGGAUAUAUCAAUUUGUAGGCACUUUUGCAAAGGUUCUUUAAAUUAUUAUACAUUUUACUUGAUAUCAAAAAUAUUGUUUGAUUACUAAAUAAUGUGUAAAUAAUAUCAGCAAAAAUAUAUCACAAAAUUAAAAGAUAAAACAGUUUAAAUCAAUUUCACUAUAACAUGAAAGUUGAAUUUCUAACUGCAUAUAUCAAUUUGUGGUACUCCUGUUUAAACAUAUCAACAAAUAAAAUGAUAACACAGUUUAAAACAAAUUCACUGUAACAGAAAAGUUCUAUUUCUAAGUGGAUAUAUCAUUUUGUAGGCACUUUUGUCGAAGGUUCCUUAAAUUAAUAAAAUCAAUUUGUAGACACUUUUGUCAAAGGUUCUUUAAAUUAUUAUAAUUUUUUCUUGAUAUGUAAAAUAUUGUUUGAUUUCUAAAUAAUGUGUAAAUAAUUUCAGCAAAAAGAUAUCAAUAAAUAAAAUGAUAAAACAGUUUAAGUAAUGUGAAAGUAAAAUUUCUAAGCGCAUAUAUUAUUUUUUUAGAAACUUUUGUCUAAGGUUCUUUAAAUUAUUAUACAUUUUAAAAUGUAAAAUAUUGUUUGAUUACUAGGUAAAAGUGUAAUUAAUUUGAGCAAAAAUAUGUUAUUAAAUAAAAUGAAAGAACAGUUUAAAUCAAAUUAACUAUAACGUUUAAUUUCUAAAUGCAUAUAUCAAUCUGUAGGCAAUUAUAAAUUUUAUUUGACAUAUAAAACAUAAGUUCAAUUUGACGUAUAAAAUAUUGUUUGAUCACCAAAUAAUUUAUAAGUAACAUCAGUAAAUAAUAUGUUGAUAAACAGAGUAAUCAAACAACGUUAAGAAGACUUAAAUAUUUUGAAUUUCUAAGUAAGUAAACCAUUAUAAAUGUUCACCCCCGCUAACUUUUUUCCUUUAGAUUAAAAAAAAAAGUUUAAUAUAAAAAUUGUAGUAGGGUACAAUUGAAAGUUUUUUUCCAUGUUAAGUCCACGCAUACAGGGGUGUAAAAAAAAAUAGCAAAUAACGUAUUUUUUUCUUAUUUGUGAACCCUUCAAACGAGGAUUUUAAAAUUCUAUUAAAGACAUGUUAUUUUUAAUAUUUAAAACAGAUAAUGUCAAAAAUUUCACUUAGUAGGCCAUUUUUUUCACUAGUCGUUUCAUUAUUCGUUUUGAUGAAAUACAAUGUUUUUAUCUACAUUUUUGUUAGAUCCUCCUCUAUGCGUAAACGUAACAUGGACGAAAGAAAACCUUAGAACUUUUAUAUUAAACUUUGCCGGAAAAGAGUUUAGUGGGAUGUCGACACUUAUAAUGAAUCUUCCUGUACAUAAUAAAUAAAUCCACUUGUAUCAGCACCUUCGUUGAAGGUUCUGCUAUUAUGAAAUUUCUUUGAUAUACAAAAUAUUGCUCGAUUAGCAAAUAAUAAUAAAUAAUAAUAAAUAAAAUGUUCAAAUAACCACAGAACAGUUUAUAUUAAACUCACUCUAUACAUAUUUAUAAUCGAUUUGUAGAAUUUUUUUGAAGAUUCUUUAGCCGAUUAUAAUAAUAAUAAAUAUAAUAAAGAGAGAAUAGUUUGUAAUUUUAAAAGGACUUAAAUAUUUGCGACUUCAAAUACCAAUUUGUUGGAUUUUUUUCGGAAGGUUUUUUUAGAUUAUUAUACUUCUCAUUGUUUAAUCCCCAGAUAUUAAUUUUUUCUUAAAAAUCUAGCACUGCGACAACGUCACUAUUUAUUUAACCUUAGUUAUAUUAAACAAUAGUUACCAACUUGCUCAUAGGCGAGCCGAAUCUUCCGUUCGAGUAUUCCCUCACAUACCUAUUGCAUGCACCCAUACGUUUCGGUACCGGAUACCACGGCUCGCUUUUGUAUUUUCUUUGACUGCCUUUCGAGAUUAAAAGUUAGUAGUAUUUCAGUAUUUCUGGCCAGCAUUUUACGCGUGUAGUGCAAUAGUAGUUAUCGUUUGUUAUCACGUAGACUGUUAUGUAUAUAUAUAUUUUAUGAUAAUUUUAUCGAAAAAUCGAAAAAAAAAGUACUUUUUUAUAUUUUGUGUAUUGUACGAGUUUUCUUUUUGUAAUCGUUACACCAAUUGUGGAUUUAACUGAGAAUCAUUGCCAUACCUACAACUACCAUAAUGAACCGAGCCGAUUAGAUCGAUGAGAGGUUUAACACUCCUAUCAUUAUUAUUUUUGCAGUGUUGAAAUUUGAAAGAUGACAUUUUGAUAAAACUCAUCACACUUUUUAACUUAACUUUUUAUUUUUGUUCGACGUCGACAAUAUUACUGUUAUUCCCUUAUUUAAUGUAGUUUUAGUCUCUACGUUGAAUGUAGUAAUGUCUAUAGAAUAUACCCAAAUAAAGUUUUAUUUUUCUAAAUU